AAGUAAAAUGUUCACGCAUAUUAUAUUUUUAUAGCAUCUACGUCACUUUACAAAUGACUUUUCGUAGGAUUUAUUUUAUCCUUUUAAAGAGGAACAGAGACAGAAAUGGGAAGAGGUGGCGCACAGAUUUAUGUAAAGCAGAGCGAGGGCGUGCACGUUAACAGCAGGCAACGCGACGUGUCUUGUGACGUCAUCAAGAGCGACGAACACAAGUUGACGCGUUCCUCGUGUACCUCUCUCGCUUAAGAGCUGCAAACAAGAAGCCCUGGAUUGGUUUUUAUCAUUUUACUUAGAGGCAGGAGUAAGGAAGAAACCGCUGUAAUUUACUAUAACACCAAGAUGGAUGUGAAAGAGGAGGUGUACGAAGCUGGCAUUAAUACCAUGGAGGUAACAACUGGAAAUAUUAAGGAGGAGGAGCAUGCAUGGGAGUCUGUCCAUCAUGAGAAAGAGGGUCACCUCAUUAAGGAUGAGGAUUGUGGAGUGGCAUCAUCAGACAUUAAAGAAGAGGUAGAGGAGACUGCUGUCAACACUGAGGUGCACAAACAUAAAAUUGUGGAUCCUGUCAACCUCAAAUUGAGGUCUGAAUCACUACAAUCUGAUCCAAAGAGCACCAAGGAAAUUUCAUCUGUUAGAACUUGUGAAGAUCCACCUCCACCACCACCUACAAAUCAAUCUGGAGAAAGAGAAAAUCGCCACUGCUGCUUUGAAUGUGGAAAAGAAUUCUGUCACAGGAGUGCUCUUCAGAGACACAAUAGAAUUCACACCGGAGAAAAGCCGUAUUGCUGUAACGAAUGUGGCAAACAAUUUUCAUUGAAGAGCAGCCUUCUGGCACACACAAGAACUCACACUGGAGAGAAGCCAUAUUGCUGUAGUGAAUGUGGUAAGCGAUUUUCAAAUCUGAGCCAACUUCAGAGCCACAAAAGAACUCACACUGGCGAGAAGCCAUACUGCUGUUCUGAAUGUGGCAAACGAUUUUCAAAAGUGGGCAAUCUUCAGAGCCACAAAAAAGUUCACACAGGGGAAAAGCCAUUUGGCUGUUUGGAAUGUGGGAGACGAUUUUUGAAAAUGAGCAAUCUUAAGAGCCACACAAGAAUUCACACGGGAGAGAAACCGUUUUGCUGUUCUGAAUGUGGCAAACAGUUUUCUCAUAUGAUCAGUCUUAAGAGACACACUAUAGUUCACACGGGAGAAAAGCCGUAUUGCUGUUUAGAAUGCGGCAAACAAUUUUCAUGGAAAAAGAUUCUAUUGGCCCACACAAGAAUUCACACAGGAGAGAAGCCAUUUUCCUGUUGUGAAUGUGGCAAACAGUUUUCGCAAAGUAGCCAUCUUCAGAGUCACAAACGAAUUCAUACAGGAGAGAAGCCAUAUAGCUGUUCUGAGUGUGGUAAGCAGUUUUUGAAAAUGAGCAGUCUUCAAAGCCACAAAAUAAUUCACAUUGGUCCCACUACUAUAGAACGGACAAGUCAACACAGCAGUACUGUGAGUAAGAAAAUAAGAGCAGGAGGAACAAUCCAGUGGUCAGUUGAAGACAAAGAGGAGAUCAUGUACUGCUACUUCUAUGCAACUGAUCCUAAGUUCCCAACUAAAGGAUAUGCCAGUAGGGCUCGUGAAAAACUGCAGUACAGAAAUAUAAUUUCGAUUUCCAAAUUGGAUAAGGUGACAGAUGCAAAUUUAAGAUCCCUAAUUGGAAUAAUUAAAGAAAGAAAACAAAUAAGUCAUGAGAAAUUAGAAUACCUCCAAAGAACAGCAAAAGAAGAAAUAAUACAAGAAACAAAGCAGCAUUUACAACAUGAACACACUCAUAGCCAAAUUGAGUAAAAGGGAAGACAGAUUUGAAGACAAAUUCAGAACUCAACAUCCAAACAUGAAUGAACUGAUAAAGUGAUUAUCGGCCAGAAGCAGAAUGUCCUUAAAAGCAACUGAUUCUUAAAUAGUGAAAUACCAACAAUAAUGAGGAGUUAAGAAAGGAAUUGAGUAAGUUAUGUCAGAUUGUAAGUGACAAUGAAACUUAAACUCCAGCGUAACCACCCAAAAGCACAAGAUCUGAUGAACCCAAACACCAAACAAGCUAAGCAUCCAGAAUUAGAAAACAAAAACAACAAAAAAGAAAAUCUGCAGUCAUCCAGAUCCAAAAGAGAACAAAACAAGCAAAAUAAGCAACCCAGCAAGAGCAGAAAUGACAACAUGGUUAAAGGACAAAGAAGCCCAAGAAAUGAAAGAAGAACUCUUGGACUUAAUCAUCAGAUAAGAAUACAAAAGUUGAUUGAAAAGACAAGUGACCAGGGCUGACGUUCCAGUACUGCAAGUGAGGUGAAUAAGGCCAGAACUGAGAGAGAGAGGAACCCAGCACUAUGCAAUGAAUUAACACAAAACAUGAUUAAUUAGUGAACAGAAAAAACAGAAGAACAUAAAGUUAAGAAAACAUUAACAAAUUUUCACACCACCCAAGAUGAAACUGAGUGAAGAAAAGAAAAAACGACCUGUUGGAAGUGGUGGCAUUAAUCAAGGUAUAUAUGAAAGGAGUGAAAUCACAAAGUUCCAGGAAAAAUACAACAAUUAAAGAAACAAAUGUGUAUUAACACAUGAACUUCACCAUAUCAAACAAGAAACUUAGAAUUCAGACAGAAACCCAAAGCUUAUGAGAAUUUAAAUAGAAACCCUAAGAAAGGGUGCAGAACAGACUAUUUAGAGGCAAUCCAAAGAAGUCUUAUGGAAGUUAAGUCGGGGGCACCCUGGAAGUAACUUCACCAUUAGACCAAAAAGACACUGAAACAUUUUGGAGAAAAAUAUAAGACAAUGCUCAAGAACACAAUAAAGGAGCAACAUGGAUAAGCAAAUUAUAGAACAAAAAACACCCAAAUGAAAGAAAUGAAAUGGCAUGCAGUAAAGCCAAAGAAAUGGAAAACAAACUCAGAAUGGCUCCUAACUGGAGUGCACCCUGUGCAGAUGUCAUACCCAGCUUCUAACAUGUGAACCUAAAUUUGCAGUGUCACAAUAUGACUGAGUGUAAAAGUAAGUUAAUGGAACAACAACAGACAACAAAACAAUGGUUUGCUACAGGAAAAAUCUUCAUGCAAUCAAACUCGGGAAGAAAAUAAUCUCCCCUUUGCCUUCCUCUCCCCUGUACAUAAAUUCUUUAAAGCAAAAGAUAUUGAUAGAAUUCUAAGCACCCAGAUCAAAAUACUUCAUGUGCAACAGUACAAAAGGAAAAUAAAGCAAGGUCAUAUGGAAGAAAAGACCAGCUUUUAUAAAGUUAUGCAAGAAAGGCAGAAGCUGAAGUGUGGUGUGGAUGGACUAUUAAAUACCUGUAAUAGUGUAUCAGACUCCUUGAUCCACAAAUGCUUACAAUUAUAUGUAAACAACUGUUUUUGAGUUUCCCUAUUAAUGCUAUGUAAUUUCAAACAUAUCGGCAGUUUCACCAAAUAUAUAAUAAGGGGAGAAACAUUCCAAGGAGACUCUUGUUCUGUCUGGCAUCAAACCCCCUAAGUGCCCUCCUCAAUAAUGUUGGUCAUGGGUGGUUCAACAUCAGCACUAAAAAUCAACUGAAUUGUUAAAUUGUCACUCCACUGUUCUUUAGGGAUACCUUGAGGCUACGGCUCCAACAACUGGCACCUUGAAGAGCAUCUGCACUUGGUUACAGAAUAUUUCAAUAACAUCUAAAUGACGUUUGGAGUUGACCGAUGUGCCAGAUUGACCUUCACAAAUGGGUAAUUAACAUCAAUUAAAAAUAUUGACCUCAAUCAUCACUGUUAUCAGUAAAUUGGAGCCAGAAGAACCUUUUGGAGAUUAAUGAAGGAGCAGAUCUAAACCUUAAGACACUAAGGCAGACUGUUGGCAAAGAGUACAUUUGUAGAGUGAUUUUAAAAAAAUAAAAAAGAGAGAGAGAGAGAGAUCUCUAACGACAUAAAAAAUCACACCAAAAUCAACUGGCAAGACCUAUCCAGUUUGAUAAAUUUGGAUAAUUAAACUGAUGUAAGAAAGGUGUAGCGAAAUUAAUUAAUUGAUGAUAAUCAACUAGUCCUCAGUUUUGCAUGUGCUAUACCAGUUAAUUAGAUACAUCAGUCAGGCUCCUAAUUUAUUUUCUUUGCUUUUCUAUGUAGGUGGGCAUUCAUGGCUGUUAAGACUUAUAAAAAGGUUACUAAAGCCCACUCAUUUUAAGAAACGGGCUACCAUUUAUUGAAAAAUACAAGGAUUAUAGAAAUAUGAAAAAUGUUUGUGUAAGACAUAGGAUGUGAUGACAAGACAAUACCGAAGAGGCUGACUGAGUUCAUUUACUGGUCUUCUUGAUAUUCUUGGUUUUACUGUAAUUUUGGUUCAACGUUUCACUGGGACAUCCCACUGCAAAGGGCUAAACUGUAAUGUUGUAAUUCAAGGCUUUUGUUUCCGAUCUAAUGGCAGGGUGCUGUACCGUGUUGGCCAUUAUGGAUGCAAUGAGAAGUCCAGCAAAAUUACACCUUUUUAUUGGAUAACUGAACAGAUUACAAUGUGCAAGCUUUCGAGGCAACUCGGGCCCUACCAAAUGCCUGAAGAUGGGGCCCGAGUUACCUUGAAAGCUUGCAUAUUGUAAUCUGUUCAGUUUUCCAUUGUAAUGAAAAUCAUGAGGGAAAAAAAAAAGCUAACCUGAUAGUCCUGUGCCUGGUACACAGAAACAAUCAAAUGUGACAAAGGAGGUCUAGAUGUGUACUAUUUAGAGCUAUGUUUUAUCUUGGUCCAGAUAAACAGAUUAACAACACCAAUUAUUUAAGGAUGAGGUCCAUUGUUGUGUGGAAUUGGGUCCCUUGUCUUACAGUUUGAGCUUGCAGUGAAGGGCACACUGUAUUGUUUUGCUACAUGGUCCUUUGUCUGUGGUUUGGGGUUUGCCUCAUAAACUCUUUGCCAUUUCCUUUGUAACUUCAGUAGGAUAGUGUGAGUCUUUCUUGUACAAGAAUGUAGGCAGUGAAAUUUUCAUCUUAAAUUAAUGAUACUUCUCCCUUUCUACUUUGCCUGACUGGACUUGGUCACUGGCACAGAGCUUAAGUAUUGUGGAAUGGAUCUUGGAGCUUGAUAACAGCGUUCAGCUCCAAGGCUGUAUGGAAAGGAGCUUCCAGGCCCAUGGAAAAAUUGUUACUUUUUUUGCUCCCAAGAAAAUAAGUGGCUUACUGCUCCAGAAGAGGCUGAAGAGGUGCAUCUGAUUUUAAUGGAAGGCGUAGCAUCUUGUGAUUUCAGUUAUUGAUCCAGCAUGGGUUUAUAGGUCCAUCAGAGUUACCUAGAUUUUAGCUUAUGGUUACAUGCCUAAAAUGAAUAAAUGAUUUGGGCACCAUUUCCAUGAAAAUAGUCUUGGCAGACAUGUCAGUGAUUUACAGCUGUGUUAUCAGAUGAAAUUUGGAGUUAAUCAAAGUGUUGGUAGAGCUGCAAUUUAUCCAUUUACUUUGGUGUUUUUUCUGUCACUUUCCAAUAAUGUUUGUUCAGCGUAUUGGCCUACAAUUAUUCUGAUCACGUUUUUAUGUUAAAAGAUGAUAUUUGUUGGUGUUCAGUCCUUACGAAUUUCUCCAAUGUGCAGUUAGUUCUAAAAAAUGUGUCAUGUAUUUAUAUAUUCAUUCACUAUUCCAGAAAGUUAAAAAAUCCUGUAAUAUAAAGUAAGCCUCUGUAAUCAUGGCACUUGGUUACUGUGUUACUGAAUCAGAGGUUUUUUUCUUGGUGUUGGUUGAAGCAGGCCCAAUUUGAAUUUGUCCUGCAUUACCUCUUCAAUAGGAAAACCUCAGGCCUGUCAAACACUUCCUGAUACUCCAGUACUUAGUGCAUCAUUUGUGUUAAAGGUGCAGACCACCUCUCAACCUCCAGUGCUAGGACCAGCAUAGUCUCUGAACAUUUCAUUGAUACAACUGUGAAAUAUGCCACAUUAGUUUUUUAAUAAAAUUAAACUAAUCAAAAGAU